AUGUCAGAACAAACCAUGGACGGCAAACGCGCCCUCGACCACGACCGAGACACCGAGUCCAGUGACGCCAAAAGAAGCAGAGUUAUCUAUGUUGUCGAGUCGCCAGGAGGGACACUUCGGGAAACCAGUCCUUCCAGAGUCCGCCGAACAUGCGCUGAGCCGAUCAGCGUCGACUCCAACCCACCGCACCAAGCUGUCAAUAGCAGCAUCGCUGUCCGCUCUCAGCUCCGCGAUGAGCUCAGCCUGCUGUCUAUUGAGGAGAAGCUCCGCAAGGGCAUCGCCAUGAGCUUGGAGAGAGAACGAGCAUAUGAGAGAGCCAUUAUCAAAGGCAUUGAGCGUAACCCCAGACUCAAGUUCAAGGAUGUCCAAGAUCUCGAGGGGAGCCUGUUGACCAUAACUGGAAUGCAGAAGGUUGCAGACCUUGCCUCUCACCUGGACUUGCCCAUUCAUCCCGGGCUCCUCACAGCAGCCGGAGCCACAAAAAAAGACGACGUGAAUGAGGUGACCGUGGACGAGUCGAUGGAAAUCUAUCCUGGGAGAUUUGAUGGGGUCUCGAUGCGCAAGGCAGUUAUGGGCUUAAAAUUUCAACAGAGGCUCAUCAUGAAACGAUCGAGCGAGCGCCUUCAAGCGAUCACAGGGAUCUCCAAUAGUAACGCGUUUACGCCUUUUGACACCACAUUCAAACCUGGGCGCAUGAUCAUGCCGGCUGAGGAACCAAACCCAAAGAAGUUUUUCUUGGGGCUCAACUCUCCUCUACCCCGACUCUCCCCGCAAGAAGGCCUGCUCGCCUUCCUCGAACAUGCAUCUCGCAAGAACGGAUACAAGAAGCUUGAACUGAGCUCGCUAGUUUUCAAGAAGCUAGAGCAACAUCACAUGCAGAGUCUGGAUGACCUCGACCAUCCAAUAUUUGGAGCCAACAGAAGGGGACUGCGGGCACCAUCGGACACUGGUGAUAUACUCAUGAGCCUUGACGACAAGAUCGGGUCCAUUUCCUUGUAUGAGACCAAUCUAAUCGAUGAGUCGACGGGUCAUUCUGGCACAUGGAUCUGGUUUAAGAUCACGAAGCCAUUGUUCUCGAUCAAAGGGAAAGCGCCUCCUCAGCUGAGACCGAUGCCACAGUCUUGGGUCGUUUUUGCUAUCCCAACGUUGCAAGUUAUGAAGACCAAGGACGAAUAG